AUGGGGCAAAAGAUCUCGCAGCAGGUGGCUCCAAAGGACAGUCAGGAGGUUCUUGCCAUAUGUGAGGUAGUCAGUGCAGCUGUUGCCCAUGCAGCACAGAAGGUAAAGGAGUACCUGGGGUUUGAGUAUCCACUGAGCAGACUCAGCCUUGCAGCAAGUACACUGAGUGAAAUCUUCCUCGUCCACUUCAUCGCUUUCUGCCAGGAAAGGGGGGCCGAUGAGUGGCUCACCACCACCAAGAUGACCAAGCACCAGGCCUUGCUGUUUGGAGCAGACUGGAUUUGGACCUUCUGGGGACCUGAGAAGCAAACACGGCUUCAGGUGGCAGUGCAGACCUUGAGGAUGGCUUCUCCUCUUUCUCUGAGGGACCCAAAGUCCUGUGAGUCAAGGGGAGAGAAGUCUUGGAAAAAAGGCAGAUUUGAUAAGCUGGCAGAGUUCUGUAACUUGGUGGGAGAGGACUGUUUGGGCCUGUUUAUCGUCUUCAGUGUGCCUGGAAAGCCUAAAGCCAUCAGAGGUGUUGUUCUGGAGAGUGUCACAAGUGGGAUGGUGGAGAGCCAUCUGUCGGGGCGCAAGGCUGUGGAACAGUUUGUGCUGGAGGCAGAAGAUUGUAUCUCCUUCAAGGAGCUGCUGGGAAACUGUCUGAGUAAAAGAGAUGGGCUGAGUGACAUGGGCAAGGUCUAUAUUAGCAUUCUCUAA